CUUUAUCCGGUGAGGUGUCGGUGGUUCCACCAUCUCGCGUGCUAGCUCUGCUCGGUCAGGCAUUGAAAUGGCAACAGUAUCAAGGACUACUACCUCCUGGUACUUCCAUUCAUGUGUUCCGAGGCAAGGCAGCUGUACGCGACGAGGAAGAGGAAAAAUAUCCAACACAUCUCAAUAAAACUGUCAAGGUAAUUAUGGAUUUGGCAAAUUUAAAAUUGAUUAUGCAUGUGACCAAUUUUAAAUUGGUUACAGAUAUGACCGAUUUUUAUUGGUUAUUUUGGGUCAUUCAACAUUGAGUGACCAAAAGAAAUUAAAUUUACCAUUUGAAAUUGGUUGAAAAUGCAACCAAUUAUGUAUUGGUCGGAAUGACCAAUACUGAAUUGGACAUUUUAACCAAUUUGUUUUUAUUGUGUAUGCUGUAUUUUUGUUUUGUAAGGUUAUGGACAGUGGCAAUAACACACCCUUCCGGAAAGGACCCCUCACUCAUUUGGGUACCGUACACCCCUGAUCUUGUGAACAUUUAUAGAAUAUUUCUCUAUACAUAAAUGUCCUAGUUUGGUUCGAAAUCCCAUCCAGAAUGUGGUUUGUUCUCGCCCGAUGGACAGUACUUGGUGACUGGUAGUGUCGACGGUUUUAUCGAGGUCUGGAAUUUUACGACGGGAAAAAUAAGAAAAGACUUGAAAUAUCAAGCACAGGUAGGUCCAGGGUAAAUGAACAAAUAAUAGAGAGUUUAAGCUUCGCGUUAUACGUCAAACGGCAAACGCCAGACAAAGAAAAAUUUUACGGUAUCAGGCAAUAAAGAGUAAAUGAACUUGCUGUUUUAAAACUGCAAUGCAUGAUUAUUCGUUCGACACAGGAAAGAAAAUAUGAAACGAAAACGUUCAACGAAAAUUUUGCCAAGAAAGUUCGAACCUGCCGUUUGGCGUUCCCGAAAACGCGAAGCUUAAACUCCCUAAAACCUGGUUCACAUAUGCCUGCGGUAUGCCUGCGACUGUAUCAUUAUGCCUCUACUUGCCGCCGAAAUACCGGCAAAGUUGAACUCAAGUCAACUUUCCCGGCCUACCGCCGAUGUAACUGAGGCACUUGCGGCAAUCGGCGAACAAAUGUUCACAUAAUUUACGUUUUAAAGCUAGCACCGAUAUCGUCGCCGGUACGUCGCAGGCAUAUAUGUGAACCAGGCUUUACAGUGCGUCUACAGUAAGUGGAGCCACUUAAAGUACACUAACCAAUCACAUUGCAGAACAAAAAUUGAAAAAAUCAACAAGCCGCGCAUUAGCCAAUCAGCAUUAGGCCAAAAAAUUUGAACAAAUAAACGAAUGUCAAACGGUGAAAAUAGACUUGUAAAAGUAAACACUGCAGUUAAUGGCUUCCUGAAUCUUUCUUUUGAUUGGACGAGCUUUAGUUUGAUUAGAUUUUUCUUUUUGUUUUGCAAUGCAAUUGGUUAGUGUUCUCUAAGUGACCCCACUUACUGUAGACGCACUGUAAACCGAUAUUACUGCAAAUUGCAUUUAUGAAAAUGAGUAAACAGAAUGACCAAUUUUGGUAAUUUUUAUUCAGGACAACUUCAUGAUGAUGGAGGAUGCAGUGUUGUGUCUGACAUUCAGUCGAGAUAGUGAAAUGUUAGCCUCUGGUGGGCAGGAUGGAAAAAUCAAG